AUGCCAGGGAUGUGGGCAGUCGACAGCGGUGCGACGCAUCACAUCUGCAACGACAAGGCCAAGUUUGCAAGCCUGAAUGAGCGAGAGGAAGGCGAACUGUCAGUGGCUGAUGGCAGCAAGGCUGCGAUCAAGGGUGUGGGAACCAUCAUGGAACGGGUGGUUCUGCCCAAUGGUGACGAACGCGACAUCGAGAUCAAGGACGCACUGUUCGUACCAAGUAUGAGCAAGAAUCUGCUUUCGGUGCCACAGAUCAACAAGGGUGGCAGGUUCCAAGUCGUGUUCGAUGGAUCCAACAUGCAAGUGAAGCGCAAGAAUUCCACACAAGUCGUGGCAACAGCGGAUCUCGUCGAUGGACUUUACUGGCUGCGGACUCCUCAACGAUCGGCAAAUGCAGCAACACGCAAUGGGACCAUCGACUUGCAUGCGCGCAUGGGUCAUGCACCCCUCGAAGUUCUGCGCAAGAUGGUGGCCACUGGCAUGAUCAAGGACGCCAAGGCACCUCUCAACUCGACUGGUCCAAGUGUGUGUCGCGGUUGCCAGCAAGGAAAGAUGGUUCAAAAACCAUUCCCAACCAACCGUGACAAACGCCAAUAUGGUGUGUUCGAGUUGCUGCACUUCGACAUCUGCGGGCCAAUGGAACAAGUCUCGAUCGGCGGCAGCAAAUACUUACUGCUUGUGGUUGACGAAGCUAGCGGUUGCAUGAAGGGCUUCUGUCUGCGGUCCAAGUCUGAGAGUGAAGACUGUAUCAAGAACCACAUCAUCAAGAUUCAAACUCAGUUCGGCACGAAGAUCAAGUUUGUUCGGCACGAUGGAGCGCAUGAGUUUGCGACCAACUCCAUCAAGACCUUCUACGAAGAUCAUGGUAUCGAACAACAGAUCACGGUGCCGUAUGCACACCAGACCAACGGCACCACAGAACGCGCGAUAAGGACCAUCGUCACGAUCGGACGCAGCUUGUUGCAUCAUGCAAAGCUGGAGAAGUGUUUCUGGGCUGAAGGGGCAAUGACGGCGAUCUACAUCAAGAACCGCCUGCCUUCACCCAAGAUCGACCACAAGACUCCGUUCGAGAUCGUGUACAAGUCGAAACCAAGUGUCAAGCACAUGCGCGUGUGUGAAUGUCGGGCGUUUAUCCUGACACCAAGGGAGAAGCGAUUGAAGUGGGACCCGAAGGCUCGUGAAGGGAUGUUCAUGGGCUACGAAGAAGCGUCAAAAGCUUAUCGAGUGUACGACAUUGAGGCGGGCCAAGUGGUAAUCAGUCGUGACAUCACCUUCGACGAAUCGACUUUUGACUUUUCGAUGGACCGACCAAGUGACGAUGAUGAAGAUGCGGAGUUGGACCUCGACCUCCUGGCGAUCAACGAGGACGACGUGCGUCAAACCGUCUACAAGCAGACUGGCAAGCGCAAGAGUAAAGCAAGACCCGGCAUGUCACGUUCAGCUCGCCGGAACACGUCUCCAACCGUCACCAGAAACGACGAUCAAGUGCUCCAGAAACGAUGUCUGAUGACGAAGAAGAUGCAAGCGUCUACGAUCAAGAUGACGACUCGACGCCUCCAACAUUUUGGCGUGCAAGUGCAAACGCAGUGGAAGCAACGGACCUAG